GCCCAAGUUAGAACUUCUCGUGCAACCUCGUACUUACUUACGGUAGCUCAUAGCCUCACCCUCAGGCCAUGUGGGAUCGAAUUACAUACAUUGACCUGCAGAGCCUGAAAUACAAGCUUGGCUGGGCUCGAUGACCUCUAACUUCCAAGGCGAAGAUGCAGCCUCAUAUUGGGGCGAGAAGGGCCAAGAGCCAGGAUGGGGCUGCAGCCAUCCUGGAAUUCGAGGAGCGACGAAAGUGCCCAAAGCGUGUAUAAGGUUUAUGUGGUCCGAAUUCUGCGCGUCUGACUUGGAUGUGGUCAAUUGCCGUGGUGUUCGUAUACCCCACCCCCAUUGCUUCACGAGGAGAGUCUGGGCACCGUGUAACAGCAGACGAUUAGGGCCGGACAACCGUCUCUUUGAAAGUGGUUUGGGAGGUUUGAGGGGGGGGGGGUCUAUGGCUUGUCGAGCAAUUGAGUUGCCGAGUCCUGGGAUGGUGGAACACUGCGACGUUGGAACGUGGCCGGUAGACGGCAAGUCAACUAGACGGGAAGCCGGUCAAACAAUGACAGAAGGUUUGUGUCUUGUUGUAUCUGCAUUCGCAAGCGCAUCGUAACCGUAGCAUCGCCGACGUUCUGGCCGCGUGCAGCUUACAUGUUCCGCCUCGCCUGUGUGCAUUUGUGACUCGUGCGUGAGAUGGGUUGCAUUCCUCGGUGUGAUGCGGAGCGGUGACCGAAGCAGUAUGUAGUUGAGGAUCAACCCGUACAUGGCAAACGAGCCGAUGCUGGAUGGGUAGAUCUGCACAGUCGACUGGCAAGAAAGAAGCCCGGACUCACGCCAUAGACGCCUAGUCGGCGGGUAGAGGUUAUCCGUCUAUUCUGCUCAAACUGUAGCUUCGGGAUGACUGAAUGCCACUUAGCUCGUCAUUGAUGGCGGUCACUCGUUCUUAGCCCGCCUCAGAUUGAGGCCUGAUGAUUCGUUACCGCCAGAUAGAAAAAGAAGAAGAUCGAUCAUCGCUGAGCCGUAAAGCCUCAUGCCAGGGCUGUUAAGUCGCUAGCCAGAGUCGUUGGUGAAGAAUUCUUCAUUUGCGUCGCAUGUUGCGAAUGAAUCCAUUC